GCCGUCUGAUCCUCAAACAAGUCAUGGAACAGUUAAAUCUCAAGGUUCAUGCUACUGGAAUGCUUCCUUUUGGUUUUGACCAGUACAUUGCAUGGAUGUCUGUCGAUCUGCCACGGCAUGGUGAGGCUGGUAAAGAUGGCAGCACAGUCUUAUACAGUGAUCCCUGCUCUAAUUACUACGAUGCAGAAAAGAAAGUGGCUGAAUCAGUGCUUGAGUACUACCAGAGCAACAGAAAGAUUGAGAUCAAUGACUUCAAUCAAAAUGUGUUGAAAAAGAAACAGUAUGAACUCGAUAUCAGUAACUUCUUCUGCCAGGCAUUUGAGGACAAGAUAAAUGAGAUGAGAGCCUAUCCUGGAACCUACAGCAAGAUGAGCACUGAGCAAUUCUACUCCGAGGCUUUUCAGGACAACAUGACUGAUCUUAUCAAGGAGCGCACCACGGAAACUAAUCAAUGCAAGGCAGUUCAUCGCCGCAUCACAGAUGUUUGUCGCUCAUUUUCUGAUAUCCUUCCAAUCAAAGAAACGCGGCUUCCUGAAGGCAGCACUGAUAGUGACAGUACUCAGCUCACCUUCGCAGGAGAAAAAGACAAUCCUUCUCGUGUUGAUCAGCUUGCUCUUCUCCUCCUAGACAUUCUCCGUGAUGGCCACAUUCAUGCGGCCAAGCAUGGCCGUUCCAUGCACUAGAUCGCUCCGGACACCAUUACCACUGUAUAAUACCGCCCAUCAUUGGCGCAACCUCAAACUAGCCUGAUGCAUACUUUUGCGUGUUAUAGCUGAUAACACAUACUGCCUCACCACACUGCAUCCUUUUGACCACAACGUGCUUUUGUUUUAGAUAUGCUGUGACUCAGCAAGGCCUACUGCAGCUGAUCUGGAAUCAUGCUCAUACAGAGCCAGCUUCUUUUGUGUUCUGCAUUCUCGGCACUUAAUCCUCAGCCCAGGCCAUGCAAGGUUGAGGAGCAGAUCGAUGAUUUCUCCGAUACAAACAGCAACCAGGCUACUAAUCGGCACAUCUCGCCCUGUGCAACGUUGCU